UUUGCUGUAACCAAAAGGAAAGCCCACUUGCUGAAUCUAUCUGAUUUGCUUCAAAAAGCCAGAAUUAUCUUCCUCUUUCUGUCUCUCUCUCUCCCUCUUCCUCUCACUAUGGUUUCAGUUCUGCUUUUUGUUUUCACCGGGAUGGCGAGGCAAAUCUGACCGUUGAUUGACUUAAUCAAACCCCACUUGGUGUGUCUGUUUGGUUACAGCCGUUGGGCUGUUCCUGUUGUCUAGGAGUUACUUAAACAGUUGGGUUGGCUUCGCUUGCCGUUUAUGGAAAGUGACUAUUCACAUCUGAAGUAGAAACAUGAGUUUGGUUUAGUUAUUAUUAUGUUGGAUGUCUUUGUUGUUGUUCAGGUUUAUCUGUAAUUGGAAAUAAAAAAUUCAAAUAUUUUUCCGGGUGAGCGUUUGAUCUAAUUACUCCUGGAAGGCAUGAUCAAAUCCCUGAAAUUUGAGAGGUUGAAGAUGGUUUUGGUAUCUGUUGAGGUUGCUGAGGUAUUUUCAAUGGAAGUUCUUUAGUAGCGUGGCCUUUGACGUUCAUCUGAGCUGAUUUUGAUUUUUUUUUUUCUGGAUAUGGAAAGUAAGGAGCUGAAUUCAAAUAAGGAAUGCGUUGCGGGUGUUGGAAAUACUAAGGGUGGUGGAGAUGGUUUUAUUGAUAGAAGUAAAGUGAGAAUUUUGCUAUGUGAUAAUGAUGCCAGUAGUUCGGAGGAGGCUUUUUCGCUUCUCUUGAAGUGUUCUUAUCAGGUGACUGCAGUGAGGUCAGCUAGACAGGUGAUUGAUGCAUUGAAUGCUGAGGGAUCUGAUAUUGAUAUCAUACUUGCUGAAGUUGAUCUUCCCAUGACUAAAGGCAUGAAGAUGUUGAAGUACAUCAUGCGGGAUAAAGAGCUACGGCGUAUACCUGUUAUCAUGAUGUCGGCACAGGAUGAAGUCUCUAUUGUUGUCAAGUGCUUGCGGUUAGGUGCAGCCGACUAUCUUGUAAAGCCUCUACGAACUAAUGAAUUAUUGAACUUGUGGACACAUAUGUGGAGAAGAAGGCGGAUGCUUGGCUUGGCAGAAAAGAACAUCUUGAACUAUGAGUUUGAUCUGGUGGCAUCGGACCCAAGUGAUGCUAAUACAAACAGUGCUACCCUUUUCUCAGAUGAUACAGAUGACAGGUCUCGGAAAAGCACCAAUCCAGAGACAGGAAUGUCAAAUCAUCAGGAGACAGAAUCUAUUGCUGUUGCAGCUGCCAUUGUCCCAAACACCAGUAGCACUGCUGCUUUUGUGCCUCCUCUAUCUGAUGCACUGGACUAUCGGCCUCAUGUGCCAGGAAUUAGUGACCGCCGGACAGGUCAAUUUUCAUCUGGCCCAAAGAAAAGUGAACUAAAGAUUGGUGAGUCAUCUGCCUUCUUCACUUAUGUUAAAUCAAGCAUUCCCAAAAACAAUUCCCCACGGAUUAUCAAUGUAGAUGAUAGUUCUGCUCAAAAUAUGAUGGAAGAGAAAUGUCAACCAUGUGGCCAACAGUUGAUUAUUGAUGCACAAAUACAUGAGAAUGGAGAGGCAUGGGAAAACUGUUCUCAAGGAGAUGAGUUUCCUAGUAGUAGUAGUGUCCCAGAUUCUCUUUCUUUGGAAAGGUCCUCUACCCCCCCAGUGUCUAUGGAUUUUCCACAAAAAAGACAUUCCAUGGAUGAAAAGUUUGCUCAGUCACUUCCGCCUCCUAGUAAUGAACCUCAGCAUGAACUAUUGGGCUUACCUGCACAAACCACAUAUCCUUAUUAUAUGUCAGGCACAAUGAAUCAAGUUAUGAUGCCAUCAUCAUCAUCACAUCUGUUUCAAAAGAAUUUGCAUGACUUUCAAAAUCAUGCUACUUCGGCAAUGCUUCCUCAUUACAAUCACCUACCACAGUGUCUUCCUCAUGUAAAUGGCAUGGCAUCAUUCCCCUAUUAUCCAGUUGGUGUGUGCUUACAACCUGGUCAGAUGUCUGCUAACUCAUGGCCAUCAUUUGAGGGUUCAUCAUCCUCUGAAGUGAAGUUGAAUAAAGUUGAUAGAAGAGAAGCUGCAUUGAUGAAGUUUAGACAGAAAAGGAAGGAGCGGUGUUUUGAUAAGAAAAUCAGAUAUGUUAAUAGAAAACGGCUUGCUGAGCGGAGGCCUCGUGUGCGGGGACAAUUUGUUAGGAAGAUAAAUGGUGUAAAUGUGGAUCUUAAUGGGCAACCUGCUUCAGGUGAUUAUGAUGAGGAUGAAGAUGAGGGGGAUGAGCAGGCAUCGAGAGACUCUUCUCCUGAAGAUGAUACUUCAGGUUAUUAAUUUGAAGUUGUUGGUUAUUGAUGAACCGUUUAUUCCUUCAAUUUGGCAACCUGCAGAUACAAAGCUUUUGUUGCCGAAAUUUCUGCACCUUUAUCUGUUUCCUGUCAUGACCAACAAGAACUACUGCCAGAAGGCUCAGUUGUGGAAUACAAACAUAAAUCCUUUGAUUGAAGGACACGGAUCAGGCCAACUGUGGACAGUUGGUGCUUCCAAACGCGUAUGCAUCGGGGUGGCGGUUGAGGUGAUGUUAACCUUCAUGUGGCACUUCCCUCGUUUGGGCAUCCUUUAAUUCCUCCAUUGCAUAAGCUGGGGAAGAAUGCAAUCCCUACUUUGUAUUAUCUCUAUGAUUCGCAAUAUCAGUUCAGGAAUGUUGGCCUUACUGGAAAUUGCUCCAAACGAGCAUGUAAUUUCGUAUGAAGUUUUGCAGAGUGAAAUGGAAAGCAUUGAAUUCAUUUUCUUUAUCUGUUUUGUUGUAGAAUUUCAUACUUCAAUCUUAAAAUGCCACUGUGGCUGUGAUGUUAA